AUGAAAAAGCACCGCCACAACGCAGCCCGACAAUGGAAAGCGGCGAAGAAUCAUAAUAAUAACAAUGACAACAAUAUGAGAUGCUAUAAAGAGCUGCUCUAUUGUGCUGGCUCGGUUCAGAAGGGUCGCGCGAGAUCGAUACUUGGCGGAUUGUCUGUGGAUUCCGUGCGUGAGCCUUUGUGGGGCGGCCACGGUCUGGGCGAUCAGCGCCGCGUCUAA